AUGAGGCCCAAAGCUGAGGCUUUUGACCCUAGAGACAUGUCGCUUCGCAGCCACCCCCCGGAGGACACAUGUGGCCAAGAGGACAAGGAAGCACCCGCAGCUCCUGAUUUACCCGAGCUCACGAAGAAAGAGACUGCCAGGGAUCUAGAUAUCCUCAUCGCUGAACUGGAAGAGGAAGAUGGGAAAGACACUGACCCAGAGGUGAUCACCAUCGCUGAAGGCGCCGGGGCCAAAUUCCAACCUGAUCUGCUGCGAACAAACCUCCAUUUGGGCCUGAGCGACACAGAGGUGAUGGCUGCACGACGCAAGUAUGGCUGGAACCGGAUGAAAGAAGAACGGCGAAACAACUUUUUGAAGUUCUUCAUGCUCUUCGUCGGCCCCGUGCAGUUUGUCAUGGAGGUACCGGUGAAGAACCCUGACCAUGGCGAUGAACAGGCUUCAGCACUACUUGCUGCCGGAUUGCAGGACUGGAUCGACUUCGGAGUCAUCUGUGGUCUGCUAUUUCUCAAUGCAUGUGUCGGCUUCAUCCAGGAAUACCACGCGGGAAACAUCGUCGAUAGCCUCAAGAAGACACUUGCCCUGAAGGCGAUUGUGACCCGCAAUGGACAGUCGUUCGAGAUCGGUGUAGAGGAAGUGGUUCCUGGAGAUGUAAUCCAUGUUGAAGACGGCACAAUCAUCCCAGCUGAUGGCGUGAUUGUCUCCGAAGAGGCCCAUUUGCAAGUCGACCAGUCUUCUAUCACUGGAGAAUCUCUCGCUGUGGACAAGCAUCACAACGAUAAUUGUUUUGCCUCAUCGGCCGUCAAGCGGGGGUCUGCCCUUCUGAUUGCGACUGCGAUCGGUGAUCAUACCUUUGUCGGACGCGCUGCAGCACUAGUAAAUCUUGCUGAUAGCGGUACUGGUCAUUUUACCUUGGUACUAAAUGGGAUCAGCAUGGUUCUCCUGGCUCUUGUGGUUCUUACACUGCUCGUCGUGUGGGUGGCAUCGUACUAUCGGUCGGACCCAAUUAUUGACAUCCUGGAAUUCACCCUGGCAAUCACGAUCGUUGGAGUCCCGGUUGGCCUCCCAGCAGUUGUCACAACUACCAUGGCGGUUGGGGCAUCCUAUUUGGCCAAACGCAAUGCCAUUGUGCAAAAGCUAUCCGCAAUUGAGUCGCUGGCUGGAGUCGAGAUACUUUGCUCCGACAAGACUGGCACUCUGACUCGCAACAAGCUUGCUUUGGGUGAACCGUUUACAACUCCCGGCGUGACCAAAAACGAUAUCAUGCUGACAUCCUGUCUGGCCGCAAGUCACAAGAAAAGGGGCAUCGAUGCCAUCGAUAGGGUUUUUAUCAAAGCCCUGAAAGCAUAUCCCGAGGUCAAGGAAGAAAUUGGAGCAUACAAAAUGAUUGAAUUCCACCCCUUUGAUCCAGUUUCCAAGAAAGUCACGGCGGUUGUCGAAUCCCCACAAGGUGAACGAAUCAUCUGUGUCAAAGGAGCACCUAUCCCAGUACUGCGAACUGUCCAGGAUGACCACCCUGUCCGCGAGUUUAUCGAGACUGCAUACCUUCACAAGGUCACCGAGUUUGCCAGCCGUGGAUUCCGUGCCCUGGGGAUUGCUCGCAAGGUUGGCGACCAGCCUUGGCAGGUCCUGGGAAUCGUGCCCUGCUCGGACCCUCCUCGCCAUGACACCGCGAAGACCAUCGCCGAGGCCAAGCGGCUCGGGCUAGCCGUCAAGAUGCUGACUGGAGAUGCUGUAGGUAUUGCACGUGAGACUGCUCGCCAGCUCGGACUUGGCACUAACAUCUACAACGCGGAACGUCUUGGAGUCACGGGUGCUGGCGAUAUGCCUGGCUCUGAAGUCAAUGACUUUGUCGAGGCUGCCGAUGGCUUUGCCGAGGUCUUUCCACAGCACAAGUAUAGCGUCGUGGAGAUUCUCCAGAAGCGAGGAAACCUGGUAGCCAUGACCGGGGAUGGUGUGAAUGAUGCUCCAUCGCUGAAGAAGGCCGAUACGGGUAUUGCGGUUGAGGGUGCUUCUGAUGCCGCUCGUUCGGCUGCUGACAUUGUCUUCCUCGCACCUGGUCUCUCUGCGAUCAUCGAUGCCAUCAAAACAUCCCGCCAGAUCUUCCACCGCAUGUAUGCGUACGUGAUUUAUCGCAUUGCGCUGUCUCUGCACCUGGAGAUCUUUUUCGGACUAUGGAUUUCCGUUAUGAACGAGGUGCUAGAUCUUCGCCUGGUGGUCCUACUGGCUAUCUUUGCAGACAUUGCCACACUGGCUAUUGCUUAUGACAACGCGCCGUACUCAAAUUCUCCCGUAAAAUGGAACCAGCCGAAGCUGUGGGGCAUCGCUGUCAUCCUGGGAGCUAUCCUAGCGGGCGGGUCAUGGAUAUCGUUCGGUACCAUGCUUCUGCGAGGCGAGCAUGGCGGUGUAGUGCAGAACUAUGGCGCUCGCGACCCAGUAAUGUUCCUCGAGAUUGCGCUCACCCAGAACUGGCUCAUUUUCAUCACCCGUCAUAUCAACGGCCCUUUCUGGAAGAACUUGCCGUCACUGCAGUUGUUCUUGGCGGUGAUGGCUGUGGACAUCACUGCAACGCUGAUGGUGAUCUUCGGCGCGUUCGUCAACCGGGAAACGUCAAUUGUCGCGGUGGUUCGCAUCUGGAUCUUUUCCGCGGGCGUCGAGGUUGUCUGUGCAAUCGUGUACCACCUCUUGCAGAACUCCACAGCCUUUGACGAUCUCAUGCAUGGUCGAAGCCUGCGGGGCAAGUCGCGGGAGCGAUCCUGGGAAGACUUCUGUAAGUCUCACCGUUUAUCCAGCUUGUCACAACCCGUUAACUCACCCGCCACAGUGCUUUCUCUGCAGCGGGUGUCCACCCAGCACGAGAAGACGACUUGA